AUGCAAGAUGCAUUACUGCAAUUAUAGAAGAUCUUUACAGAAAUUAACGACUGCUAAUAGAAAUAGAUAUUUAUUGUCAUUUUCUUUAUAGCAAUUAUGGUAACGAUUGUUUCUCUUUUUAAAAUUUGCAAUUCAAGGUAAAAUACGCAAAAUGUAAAAAAAUUGAUUUUGAUUGGAACCUCUGGUGAAGAAAAAACAUAAUUAUUUAAUUUAGCAUGUGAAAAAAACAAUAAUUGCUAAGCAAUUAAAUUAGAUAUUGACUAGUUUUCAGAAUUUUCAAUUGGAAAUAAUUUAGAUUUAGUGAAUUCCCCUUUUUCUAUUGAAAAAGAUGAUUCGAAAGAAAAAAAAUUAAAAACAAUAUCCAAAUUGACUUAAUACUACAGAAAAAAUAUCAACGAUAUACAAAGGUUUUAUUUGAUUGUUAAUUUUGAUAAUCCAAAAAAUAUGAAAGAAUAUUUUUUGGAGGAUGUUCAACGCUUUUAAAAAUUUUCAAAUUUAAUAGACAUUUUUGUCACUAAUUUUUAAUUGAGUCAUGACUAAAUUCACGACAAAGAAAAUCUUAUUGAGGCAUUUAGUCAUUUGAAUUAUAAUAAAAAUAAGAUCCAUUUUAUAAGGGAUGAUAUUAAAAUUGAGAAACUUUAAUCGCUUCUAAUUGAAAGCGCAAAUCUAUUUGAUUACAAGGAUACUCUGUUUGAAGAUGAUGAUGAAAAUGAAAUAAAACAAUUAACAAAUUAACUAUAUCAAAAAAUUUAGGGUUAGUCCUGA